GUAUAUAUUCCUGGCGAUAUACACAGCGGAGAUGAUAAUCAAAUGCAUAGCGAAGGGUUUCAUUUUGAACAAGUACACGUACCUCCGGAACCCGUGGAAUUGGCUGGACUUCGUGGUUAUCACGUCAGGGUACGCCACCAUCGGCAUGGAGGUGGGCAACCUGGCCGGCUUAAGGACCUUCAGGGUGCUGAGGGCGCUUAAGACUGUCUCCAUAAUGCCAGGUCUGAAGACCAUCAUCAACGCGCUGCUGCACUCGUUCAAACAGCUAGCGGAGGUGAUGACGCUGACCAUCUUUUGCCUGAUGGUGUUCGCGCUGUUCGCGCUGCAGGUGUACAUGGGCGAGCUGCGCAACAAGUGCGUGAGGAACCUCGUAUUGCCGCCCGGGGAGAACUUCACCGACGAACUGUGGUCGCAGUGGAUCAGCGAUCGCUCCAACUGGAUAGUGGAUGACGAAGAAGUGCCUAUAAUUUGCGGGAACCUGACCGGGGCGCGGCACUGCCCUGGCGGGUUCACGUGCCUGUGCGUCGGCCCCAACCCCAACCACGGCUACACCAACUUCGACAACUUCCUGUGGUCUAUGCUCACCACCUUCCAGCUGAUCACCCUCGACUACUGGGAGAACGUUUACAAUAUGGUGCUGUCAUCGUGCGGGCCGAUGUCGGUGUCAUUCUUCACUGUGGUGGUGUUCUUCGGUUCGUUCUACCUCAUCAACCUGAUGCUGGCCGUCGUCGCCCUCAGCUAUGAAGAGGAGUCGCAGAUCACACAAGAGGAAAGGAAGAAGGAUCUUAAUGAACACCGCGACGACUCCACGUUUAGCUUCGAUCCGUCUUCGUUGGCGGUGCGGGCGCUAGCGAAAGACUCCAAGGAACGCAUGGACACCAGGAAGUGGUUACUGCUGGCGUCCUACUCCCGAAAGAGGACCAGGAGACGCAAGCGCGGCAGGAGCGCCAUUCACCACGCGCCGGCCGUCGCGGCUGUGGCUGAAAGGAACGCCCGAGAGAAAUCACGGUCGAGGUCAGUGACCCCGAGCGCGUCGCCCCCGCCGGCGCCUCCUCCCCCGCCUCCGCCUUCACACACGUUGCAUCCUGACAACGCCUUAGGUCGCGGCGCUCUCAGCGCAGCCGGUCGCCAGCUCAGCGACCACAGCAACAACCGAGAGUCUUCACUAGACGACUCCGGCGUAGUCGACGACCACGACGACGGAGAACACACAUCGGACGACCAGGCGCCGCACUCUCACCCCCGGCGGGUGCAUCUCAUGCCCGCACCAGUACACCACCCGCCGACACCGAUGCCACCAAUACAACAGGAAAAACACACAAAGGAGCCCAAAAAAAAACAUUCAAAAAAAACAGAAAAGCAGACUGAGAAAUCGAAGCACGCAGAGAAAAGCAGCAUACAUGAAAGAUAUCCACUGAACCCAGACUAUCUCAAUCAGAUCGUGGUGCUAGGGGCGGACUGGCCAUACAAGCGCGCGCCCGCCCUCCCGCAAGCGGAGACGACGAAAAUUAAUGAGCUCAGUUUAUUGGCAGCCACGCACAAAACUCAUAUGGGCAAUUACGAGCAAAAUUGCACUUUCUUCACAGAUGAACUCGUGGAUAGAAACUGUGAAUGCUGCGUUUCUUGCUGUAUAGACUAUGAAGGCUGGCUUCAUUUCCAAAAUAGUCUAUACGGUAUUGUAAAAGAUCCGCUCUUCGAGUUGUUUAUAACAACAUGUAUUGUUCUCAAUACGCUCUUUCUUGCGUUAGAGCAUCAUGGUAUGAGUGAAAAUGUUAGACAAGCAUUAGAUAUAGGAAAUAAGGUGUUCACAUCUAUAUUUACUUUAGAAUGUAUUAUGAAAGUGAUGGCGAUGAGUAAAGACUUUUUUGCUUGUGGUUGGAAUAUAUUCGAUUUAAUUAUAGUAUCAGCCAGUCUAUUAGAUCUUAUAUUUGAGCUUGUGGAUGGCCUAUCUGUGUUACGAGGCCUUCGUUUGUUACGUGUGUUAAAAUUAGCUCAGUCAUGGACUACAAUGAAAGUGUUAUUGAGUAUUAUAAUAUCGACAAUCGGUGCUCUCGGUAAUUUGACGUUCGUGUUAGUGAUAGUUAUAUACAUAUUCGCUGUUAUCGGAAUGCAGCUUUUCUCUAAAUCUUAUACCCCGGACAAAUUCCAACCGGAUCCAGUACCCAGGUGGAAUUUUAACGACUUCUUUCACUCGUUCAUGAUGAUAUUCCGAAUACUUUGUGGCGAGUGGAUCGAGCCUCUUUGGGACUGUAUGAGAGCAGAGCAAGCAACUGGUGCGGAGAGUUGCUUCUUUAUUUUCUUGCCCGCUCUAGUAAUGGGAAAUUUCAUGGUGCUCAACCUCUUUCUUGCCUUACUGCUCAAUAGUUUCAACAGUGAGGAACUUAAAAAUAAAAAAGAGGAAGUAGGCGAGGAUUCGAAAUUAGCAAAAAGUUUCGAUAGAAUACGUUCUAUAGUUAGAAAAAAAGGUUUCCUUAUAUCGAGAAGUAAAGAGACUGAAAAAAAAUCUAAAUUAGAAGAGCUAGUUAAUGAAUACAUGGCACAACAACGUGCCGUUAAAGAAAAGAAGGUGUCUAUACCAAGUGAGCAGAGGUACUCAAGUUCAAUACAAGAAACCAUACUUUUUCCACAUGACAAUAUUUACAGUCACAGUUAUCAAGAAGCAUUAAAUAGGCCAGUAGAAUCAGAUUUAUUUCCGCCACUUUACCAAAGUGGGAAUAAUUUUAACCACGGUAGCCAAGAAACUUUAAAAGAUGUUCGUGAUUUAGCUACUGAACAUAAAAUUACUAGUAUUAGAGAAGAUUCUAAAGAAAAUUUAGAAGACCCGAUGACACCCAUAGAGCAAAUUGCGGCGCAAAAGUUAUUAAAUCAAAUGUCAUCAGGAUAUCAUACACAGCCGUCUGAUUCGAGAGAUGAGAAUGAGCACUUUGAAAUGGCUCAUAUAUCAAGUAAAACUACACCAGAAAACCACAGGAGGCCGGGAAAUGAAACUCCAACUUUUUUAAGUAAGGAAACUGGGAAAAACCCUGACGAAGAAGAAAUGAAACAUCCAUGGCAAACUUUAGUCUCAUAUGUAGAUGAAUUAACCGUAGGUGGGAGAAAAAAUUCAAAGGGUCAAUACAUGGAUGCGAUGGGAAAUUUUCCGGGAUUUGGGAAACAGAAGGAGCCAAAAGUACCGCAGGAUUGUUUCCCUCGUCAAUGUUAUGAGACAUGUUCCUGUUGGGACUUGUUUAUCCAAACAAAAUUAGGCCAGCGUUGGAUGUUUAUCCGAACUUUUAUUCUUCGGUACGUGGACACGCCCGCCUUCGAGUGGUUCGUUUUGGUGCUAAUCUUCGCCUCUAGCAUCACUUUGUGCUUCGAAGAUAUUCAUCUUGAGAAGAAUAAGCCAUUGAAGAGGAUCCUGUACUGGACCAAUCUCGGCUUUUGCAUGAUCUUCGUCAUCGAGAUGUUUCUCAAAUGGAUAGCGUUGGGGUUCUUCAGAUACUUCACAAGCUUCUGGACAUUAUUAGAUUUUACAAUAGUUUUUGUGUCAGUGUUUAGUUUGUUAAUAGAAGAAAAUGAGAAUUUAAAAGUUUUAAGAUCAUUAAGAACUUUACGUGCAUUGCGACCAUUGCGGGCGAUAUCGCGAUGGCAGGGCAUGAGAAUAGUUGUCAACGCGUUAAUGUACGCUAUACCAAGCAUCUUCAACGUAUUACUCGUAUGUCUUGUGUUUUGGUUAAUCUUCUCGAUAAUGGGUGUUCAAUUCUUCGGUGGAAAAUUCUUCAAGUGCGUCAAUAAUCAAGGUGAACUGCUAUCUUUAGAGAUAGUAAAUGAUAAAUGGGAGUGCUACUACAAUAAUUUUACAUGGAUAAACUCAAAAAUUUCGUUUGAUCACGUUGGAAUAGCUUACUUAGCACUAUUCCAAGUUGCUACAUUCGAGGGAUGGAUGGAGGUAAUGGCCGAUGCAGUGGAUGCAAGAGGAGUGGAUCUCCAACCAGCGAGAGAAGCAAACUUAUACGCUUAUAUUUAUUUUGUGAUUUUUAUUGUAUGCGGUUCGUUCUUCACACUCAACUUGUUUAUUGGAGUCAUUAUCGACAAUUUUAAUAUGCUCAAAAAAAAGUAUGAAGGAGGUGUGCUAGAAAUGUUUCUGACUGAAAGUCAAAAGCAUUAUUAUACAGCGAUGAAGAAACUAGGUAGAAAGAAACCCCAAAAAGUGAUAAAAAGGCCGAGGAACCAAUUCCUCGCGAUGUUUUACGAUUUGUCGAACUCGCGACGCUUCGAGAUAGCCAUAUUCGUACUUAUCUUUUUGAACAUGCUGACCAUGGGAAUAGAACAUUAUGAUCAACCUCACUCAAUUUUCUUCAUUUUGGAAGUCAGUAAUGCGUUCUUCACUACAGUAUUCGGUUUAGAGGCUAUUGUAAAAAUUAUAGGUCUACGUUAUCAUUAUUUUACGGUACCGUGGAACGUUUUCGAUUUCCUCCUGGUGCUAGCGUCGAUUCUGGGCAUUUUGAUGGAAGACAUAAUGAUAGACCUGCCCAUAUCACCUACAUUGCUCCGUGUGGUCAGAGUAUUUCGAAUAGGGAGAAUUUUAAGACUGAUUAAAGCCGCAAAAGGCAUUAGGAAGCUGCUAUUCGCGCUGGUAGUAUCUCUACCGGCUCUGUUCAACAUCGGAGCGCUACUGGCACUGAUCACGUUCAUAUACGCUAUCAUCGGGAUGUCAGUUUUUGGACACGUCAAGGAACAGGGCGCUUUGGAUGAUUUGGUCAAUUUUCAGACCUUCGGAAGGAGUAUGCAGCUGCUUUUUCGUCUUAUGACGUCAGCGGGCUGGAACGAUGUGUUGGAAUCAUUGAUGAUCCAACCGCCAGAGUGUGAACUCGGUGAUGUUGGCCACAGUAACGGCAACUGUGGCAGUCCCCUUCUCGCUAUCACCUAUUUCACCUCUUUUAUCAUCAUCAGUUACAUGAUCGUCAUCAACAUGUAUAUCGCUAUUAUACUCGAAAACUUCAAUCAAGCUCACCAGGAGGAAGAAAUUGGUAUUGUUGAGGAUGAUCUCGAAAUGUUCUACAUAAGGUGGUCAAAGUACGAUCCUCACGCAACACAAUUUAUAAGUUUUGCUCAACUAUCAGAUUUCAUUGCAUCCCUAGACCCCCCGCUGGGAAUAUCAAAACCCAAUACAGUAGCUUUGGUUAGCUUUAAUCUUCCAAUAGCAAGAGGUAAUAAAAUUCACUGUUUGGACAUUCUACAUGCUUUGGUGAAACAUGUGUUAGGACAUGUGGAAGAAACUGAUACAUUCAGACAGCUGCAAGAGCAAAUGGACAUUAAAUUUAAGAAACAAUUCCCCACUAGAAAAGAGUUGGAAAUAGUAUCCUCAACUAGAAUAUGGAAGAGGGAAGAUAAAGCAGCUAGAACAGUCCAACGUGCUUGGAGAGAUUAUGUGAAACGAAAAAACCGUAGUCCAUCGAACGAGGAGGAGAGCACAAAAUGGUCACCAGGUGGAGGUUGGGGAGGGCGCUUGAGUGCCUUGCUUCACGUCCGCAGGAGUUCUCAUGCCUCGAGCCGCAAGUCUUCGAGGGCCUCCGACGCUUCUGACUUCAGCGAAUUAGGGGGAGCGUGGCUUAACCUACCACUGCUCCUACUUCCAGGGGCAACACCGGGCGAACAGGCGGCGAGUGGUACGGAGUCAGCGCCGCCCCGACGACGCUCGGCGUACGGCCUGCCCUUAUUCCUGAGACACCAAGACGCAGUGGACGAAGACGGCGGCCCAAAACGCGCAGGUUCCCUUCGUCUAAGCUCACGGCGGAAUUCAGCCAGGCGGGCAACCACCCCAGCGCGGGCUCGGACGCCCUCUCCCCACGCCAACAACAGCGAAGUCAGCAUCCUCGUGACUGAAGCUUCGCCGGACGCGGCCCCGCCCCCCUCUGCACCCGCCACAGUUGUACGCGUACUCGUACACAGAGAGAGCGACGAACAACCCAGCUGAUCUACCGCCGAGCCCGACGAGGCUCAGCCCCCCGAUUGAUCUAAGGACAUUCUAGUGUCAAAACUCGUAGUUCACAACCCAUAACCUCUUAAGCAGACGCGAUUAGGUUAUCUACUUUAAUUAAAAAUAUCGAGUGACUUUUUACUUUUAACCAAUCGAAAACUUACAACUUUUUGUUAGUAUCGAGAGUAGGUAGUGAGAUUUCACGAACGCCAUUGUUGCCUGAUAAAUCACCUUGAAAUGUGGUGAAUUUUAAAAAAGUAUUUAAUCUAUAACUAGUCGGUAUGUUUAAUAGUUAUAAUGUUGUAAGGCAAUGUUUCGACAAUGUGAUCACUGCGGACUUGUAGUCAUUUUAUCGUGUCUGCGAAACAAGUGCGGUUAUUAUUAGCAUAGAUGGCGCUGCGCAAAGGCUAAUGUAACGGCAAUAUUUAUGAAGUGCGUUCAAGUAAAGUUGCUUUGAGUGCGUUCAAAGCAAUUUUCACAUAAUAAGAAAACGCACGAAAGUGAUACAAUGGGUAGGAGAGGUCUAUUGUAAUUUUGUGAUUUUAAAUUUAUUGUAGCUUAUUAAAUUUACAAAAUAGAACCAGUUCGAAAGAUAUUCAUGUAGAGAUAAUUAGAUCUAAUUUAGUACUUGCUGUCCCAGAUCAAGAGCUGGGGCUUAAUCAGAUUUAUCAAUUUUGGAUAUUUCUGGUGACAUUUGCACAUAAAUAGUACCUUAAUAUUAAACGACUACGUACAUCAAUGUGAAAAUAUUAUUACCUUUAAAAUAAUGUUCCAUACAGCAUACAGUUUCAAUUCCAUAGAGAUAGAAGGGAAAACGCUAACUACUGAUACUUAGGUAGGGUUAAGUGGACAGUACAACAAGGGACACAGACCGCUUUCAUUAUGCGAACGGCUAGGGAGUGGAACUCCUUGCCGAGAUCUGUUUUCCCGGAAUAAUAUAAUCUGGACAUCUUCAAGGCCAGAUUGAACAGGCAUCUUCUAGGCAGGCGUGUACCAUCCUAGGCCUCAUCAUCGCUUUCCAUCAGGCGAGAUGGUGGUCAAACGCCUUGCCUAUUAAGCAUUAAAAAACAGUGUAACAAAAGGAAUAUCUCUAUAUUGUACCCGGCUAUUUGACGUCUGAUGACAGCUGCUUAAUAUGGCAGCAUUAUGGCUAAUAUUAACUAAUAACUAUAAUAAUAAAAGCUGAAGAGUUCGUUUGUUAGUUCGGUAGAACAAGCUAAUCUAAGGAUCCAGGUCCGAUUUGAAUAAUUAUUUUUGUGUAGAUAGUGCAUAGGGACAUCGAGGAUGGCUUUAUGGCUAUUAAAUAUAACGCUUCCACCAAUAGGAGCGGAGCACCAAUGAAAAAUGUUGCUAAAACGGGAAAAAAUAUUCCAAUUGUGAACUUCCGUUGCGUGCGCUGCGUAAACGGUUAUAGUUAUACAAAAACCGUGUAUGACGGAAUUGUUCCCCUAUAUCACUAUAACCGUUUUAGUCAAAUUAAUUCGAGUGAAACUUCUAGUAACUAAUAAAACCACGUCAAGAAAGAGAAUAGACAAAUAUUAAAGGGCAGAGAUAUCCAUUCCUUAUGUUACACUGUCCCCCAAAUGACCCGAUAUUAUAGAUUGAGUUGAAUCUGGUAUUUUGAAUAUUCUAUCUUAUGUGAGGCGAAUGAUUGUUUAUAAAAAUAAUAUUUUACCCUAAACUAACUAAAUUAUUCACUAACAGUCAACUGAUCUAGACAAUAGGCAAACCGAACCAGUUUAAAGUGAAACAACGCUUACAAGUUACAAGAAUAAAUGGUCUCUACGAUUUUAUGCUACAACUAAAUUUAAUCUAUUUUAUCUCUGCAUCAGUAGUGAAUAUAUAUGUAGUAUCCUAUACUAAAAAGGAACUUCCAGUGGCCGCAAUAAUAUAGGUAAGUAACUGUACCUAAGUAAAACUCAUCAUCUGCCUAUUAAUGUCCCCACUGAUGGGGUACAGGCCUUCCCUAUGGUUGGAAUAGGGAGAUUAGGCCAUGACCCACUACGCGGGCCCAGUGCGUAUUGGCGGGUGCUAACGACUGCAGAUGCAGCCGGUACCAACGGCUUAACGUGCCUUCCGAAGCACGGAGGAGCUCGAGAUAGUAAAUUUUUUGGUCACCCAUCCAAUGACCGAGCACUGCGAAAGUUGCUUAACUUCAACGAUCGCAGCCGAACGCGCUAACCACUUGCGCCAUCGAGCUCCUCAAGUAAAACUAUUUCAACAUUUCCUUUGAAUUUUAUGGGUCAUGUAAAUCCUUCUAAAUCCCACCGGAGAGAAUGCCUCAAUAUUCAAAUUUUGAAAGCUUAUUCAGUAACGUAACCAAAAACACGGUUACACACUACUUCAAAUUGGUUUUUCUGAUUAUAUUUUUGUUCGGUAAACAAUUUUGAAACAUUGUCUGCUUAACAAAAGUAGUUACUUUAAAAUAUGAAAGCCCGUGUUGAUUUAAAUUGCAUCUAAUCAAAAAGGUAGGUUUCCAUUAACUGUAAGGUACCUUUUGAUUAAUAUUGUUGCCUUAGGUACCUGAAUAAGGCAAGUAGGAAAAAACUGGAAACCUACAUAAAACAUGACUGUAGAAUAGCCCACCUAAAAUUAUUCCUGGGAUCUGUUAAAUCAAUAUAAUUCAACAUUGUCAUAAAGCAAUGUUUACGAACUUAAACUAACCUACAUAAUAUACCUAGUUAUUUAUAAGUUCCUAGUUAUGCUUAAAAAUCGUGCUGUUUCGUUUUGUAAAGAAAUUUUAUGCCAAGUUGGAUUCAAGUAGAUAUAUUUAUUAUUAUGCUAAUUGCUUUGAUUAUAAACACGUCUAAAUACCGUAUUUACUGCAUGAAAGCGCCCCAAAAAAUAUCUAUUACAUAAUGGUAGAUACGCUCGACGCUACACACGCACACAUUGACUGCUUUCAAACAAUCUGACACACACACACAUUGCGAAUAUCAUAAGCCGUUUUCUUUGCGAGAUUAAUUUGGAUUGCUCUAUUUAGGCGUGUAUAUAAUCAAAGGAUAAUUGUGAGACCAGUCUCAGCGGUGGUUGUAAAUGAAUUUGUUAUUGUAUUGUAAAUAAAUAUUAAUUGUAUAUGUGAAGGACUGAUUCGUCAUCAUUACGUCACAUCCGCUGCUAGUGUAGGUACCCAAAUGAAAAACGGACAGGAAAUAAUAGUUUAAGAAUAAAAGAAGAUUUUCGAUGCUGAUUAGUGAAAACAAAUUAAUAAGAAUACCCAAUUAAAUGUAAACAGAUGUAAUUAAAAAAAACAUAAGUAAUUAAACUUAAAAAAAAAGCUUUCUAGGCUGUAUCUGAUUGUCUAAACCUACUUAUCGUAUAAGGAAAUAUAACUAUUUAAUGACUUUUAAUUUAAAAAAGUAAAUCUCGAACCACUAAAACUUAUUGCCAUCGCCGUUCCAAUAGUUUAAUGGGAUAUUUAUUAAUGUAUAUUCACAUAAACAGCUUCACGCAAACUCAGAGUCCUGAACAAGGUGCGGCGUUUUUUCACGUCCGAUCAACUGUGCUUGUUGUACAAAACGCAAGUGCGGUGCUUGGAAUAUUGCUCGCACCUCUGGGAUGGCUCCACUAAGUACUUACUCGAUGCCCUGAGUAGGUUGCUACGGCGCGUUACCCGCAUCAUUGGCGAUGAAGACGUAACUAAGAAACUCGAGUCUACAAUUACGCCACGAUGUGGCAUCAUUAAGCGCAUUCUACCGACUAUACUACGGCGAUUGUUCUCAGGAGUUAUUUUCCUUAUUCCGCCAUCACCAGACCCUUUUUCCCAGUGGGCACUUUGGGCAAGUGCCCAGGGCCCCGCGAUCGAUAGGGGGCCCCCUCAGAUCAAAUACAAAGUCCCUAGUUUCUGAUAAAUCACCAAACGGGGCUCAUAGGGGCCCCAUUAUCCUAAUAUGCCCAGGGCCUCCAAUGGGUCAAGGGCUUUUAGUCUGGAAAAACGUAAAAUAUCUACACGUAGUAGUGAAGCGUAGCCGCGGCGAGAGCGUGCCCGACUAAAUGAAAUUACCUGACUUUCGUAUUGCCAAAUUAGAAGCGUGUACGAUGAUCUAUAACUACAAAACAUCAUAGAUUGUAAUAAUAUUGGAGUUCUCACAUAUCCUCGUUGCAAGUCGCGAGGCAGGCGACAGGCCUUUCUUACACAUUAAAAAUAGGUAUAUCUACUUAAAUGAAGUACCUACAUAAUGUUGAUUUUUUUCGCGUAGCUACAAUUUUACGUUGCACAAAAUAUUAACAUUUUAUUAUUAUAGCCGACUCCGGUCGGAUGAGUAAUAACCGAUGCCAAAAAAAGCAAAAUGGAUCGUUAAUCAACAUUAUAGCGUUGACUUUACGGCAGAAUAAUGGUUCCUUUAUCACAGGAGCUAAAAAAUAUUUAUGAGGGCGACAUAACCACCUACUUCUGAUAAUGGUUUUACUAUGUGAAUCGCUAUCCUGCAUUCAGUUAAAACUUAAACGGUCUCUUGAGAUCGGGCGGCCGUCGUCGUGUCUGUGCUCCGCCAGUUUAGAAGUGGCGCUGCCUUGCAACCAGCAGGUCAGGGGCUUAUCUUACCCUAGGGCCUAGGGCCAAGAGGGCCAUGGCCUAGUGCGGCAGGCUGUGAGAAGCUGCUGGAAGAACUACGAAGGGCGGCCAUAUAAAAGUAUUCGUUACUGAUCCAUUUUGGAUUUGAUUUACUAAUCCUAGAGGGGGGGAGCAUGCAAAUCGUAAAUGACCCGGGGCUUGAUCUUCUACACUGUAGGUAUUACAAAACUUUAUAAAAAAAAUAGAUUAAUUAUAUCGCAUCGAUAAAGUCGUUCUCAGUCUAGUAAAUCCAUUCUUCCUUUUUUAUCGAAAGUGCUUGAACGUCUCCUUCAUAAACAAAUCAAUAAUUUCCUUACUCGCCAUAAUCUCCUUAAUCCACUCCAAUCAGGUUUUCGUCCUGGCCAUAGCACUGUCACUGCUUUAGUCAAGGUUACUGAUGAUAUACGUCUUGGUAUGGAUAAUGGUCGCCUAACAGUGCUUACUUUAUUGGACUUUAGUAACGCUUUUAACACCGUCGACUUUGAUGUUCUCCUAUCCGCGUUACGCUCUCUUAACAUAUCUCCAACGGUAAUUGACUUGUUUCGCAGUUAUCUGUAUGGGCGUAGGCAGCGUGUUCGCCUUGAUGACCAAUACUCGUCAUGGUGCGACACGUCUGCUGGCGUUCCGCAAGGCGGCGUAUUAUCUCCACUUCUUUUUGCAUUAUUUAUUAAUACUAUCUCUUUAAAUUUAUCUUCAUCCUACCACCUUUAUGCAGACGAUUUACAGAUAUAUUGCCAGGCUCCACUUGAAAAACUUGAAGAAGCAAUAUUAAAAACCAAUCUUGAUUUAUGUCGAAUUGCAGAAUGGAGUAAAGCUUUUGGCCUUAAUGUUAACCCUACUAAAACUCAAGUUAUGGUUGUGGGUAGCUCCAGAUUAUUGUCACAAAUUAACUGGAUUGCUCUUCCUAAAGUAAAAUUCGAAGGAACUGAUAUACCUUAUAGUACAACGGCGAAAAAUCUGGGAGUUAUAUUAGACAGCACAUUGAGCUGGGAGCCACAGCUACAAGCUGUAAGUCGAAAGAUGUAUGCGUCUGCUGGUUCAUUAAGAAGACUUCGUAACUUUUUACCUACUGCCACUAAAAUUAUGCUUUCUCAAUCUCUGUUACGUCCAGUCCUUGACUAUGCUGACGCCUGCUAUCCUGACCUUACGGAGGACCAGCUAAAUAAACUUGAGCGCCUUCAAAAUUUCUGCAUCAGGUUCAUAUUUGGUUUAAGAAAAUAUGAUCACGUUUCCCAGUAUCGCUCUCAACUCAAGUGGCUUCCAAUUCGUCGUCGCCGGGAUACUCAUAUACUUUCCCUUCUUUACAAUGUUUUGUUUAAUCCCUAUUACCCCAAUUAUCUCAAAGAACUUUUCAGUUUUCUCCACAGUUCCCAUGCCCAGACGUUACGCUCAUCAGAGAAUCUGAGCCUUAAAACUCCUGCACACAAUACCUCCUUUUAUAAAUACUCUUUUUGUGUUGAAGCUGUGCGCCUCUGGAACUCCCUUCCUGUUGAGAUUAGACGUGCACAGACUAUAGGAAAGUUUAAAAGUGAGGUUAAGGAAUUUUUCCUUUUACAAUAAUUGUUUGUGUUGUUGCCAUGCAUUCUCCCACUUCUUGCUUGCAUCAUAAUAUUAUUUUAAUUUUAUUAAAAAUGUGUAUUUUAUUUUAUGUACCGAUGUAUGUUUUUGUUUGUUUACUUGUUUUUUUUUUAUCAGUUUCUAUUUUAUAUUAUGAACAGUAAUUUUUAUCAUGGUUAUAUUUUGUUUUCCUUUUUUUUUUCUAUUUUAAUUUUGUAAUUGCACACCCCCUCUUUAAUUGAAUUUCGACUCUCCAUCCUAUGGUUGUCUGGAAGAAAUGGCUACAUAGCCAUAAGACCGCCAAUUGUCCGCCUUUUUAAAUUAUUG